UCCCCAGAAAUCAAUAGCUUUCAAACACCAUAAUCACAUUAAAACACAUCAUCAUCGAACAACCUCAGUAAUCAAUACAUUUUACUCAUGGAACUGAACUGAAUCGAACCGGACUAAAGUGCACGUCCCUCGACAUUCUUCCCCAAAUGGCUCUUCCACAGCUAAUUUCCACUCACAAACCCUCGUUAAAACCCAACACCACCGCUCUUUCCUCAUUAAACCCUAACAAUCUCAAUUCCCUCUCCAAAUUGUCAUCAUCACUUGACUCGCUCCUCCACAGUGGCCGCCAAAAACGGCGAGCCGCCUCAUUAAAAUGCUCGGCCUCAUCAUUCUCCGAGAAACACCACAACACAAACGAUCCAAAAUCAGACGACGUCGUUGAACUCCCACUAUUUCCACUCCCGCUUGUUCUAUUCCCAGGCGCAAUCCUCCCUCUACAGAUCUUCGAAUUCCGUUACCGCAUUAUGAUGCACACCCUCCUCCACACCGACCUCCGUUUCGGCGUCAUCUUCUCCGACGCCGUCUCCGGCACCGCCGAAGUGGGCUGCGUCGGUGAAAUCGUCAAGCACGAACGCCUCGUUGAUGACCGAUUCUUCCUCAUUUGCAAAGGGCAGGAACGGUUUCGUGUAACCAAUAUAGUCCGUACGAAACCUUACCUUGUCGCGGAGGUGACGUGGCUGGAGGACAGGCCGUCAGGGGAGGAGGAUGUGGAUGCGUUAGCGACGGAAGUGGAGACGCACAUGAAGGACGUUAUAAGAUUGUCGAAUCGGUUAAAUGGGAAGCCUGAAAAGGAAGCGCAGGAUUUGAGACGGAAUUUGUUCCCGACUCCGUUUUCAUUCUUCGUAGGAAGUACUUUUGAGGGAGCUCCGAGAGAGCAGCAGGCCUUGCUUGAAUUGGAGGAUACCGCGACGAGGUUGAAGAGGGAGAAGGAGACUUUGAGGAACACACUUAAUUACUUGUCUGCUGCUUCUGCUGUUAAAGAUGCCUUUCCCUCUUCAUAGUGUAGGUAAUCAAUGCUUGGUGUUUUGACCGUGUUGGCAAUUUUAUACACAAGAAACUGCCUUUUUUUUUAGAUGUUGAACUGUGGAUAUUUUAUAAAAUGAUUAAGAUUUUUGCUCACAA